GUCCACGUGCGUCCCGCAAUGUUUAUGUUUUUACACAGCAAAGUACGGGCGGUAAAGGCCGAUUUCUCGCACGAUGAACCAUAUUACCGGCUUUACGGAUUUGUGCAUUCCACAAGCUAAUCGAGCUCAGCUAGAAGCAAUCAUACGCGAAGCGAUCGAAUUAGGAUUCCACAAUAUUGCCAUCGAGCAGGAGCUGGACUUAACGAACAGUGGACCCUCUGCGAACAAAGACGAUGUGGUACCGACACCUUACUGUCUGCAAGAUUUAAAGGCUGCUUUCCAAGGACAGAUUCGGCUGUUCAACCGGUUAACCAUUAUCUUCGGCGAUGCACUCGCUUCAUUGGUGUUAAAUCGAUCGUCUAACAUACGAAGCUACGACCUGAUAGCAGCUCUACCGACAAGCGAGAGCGGCAUGACAUACGCUUGUCAAACGAUGCAUUGCAAUAUCAUAACGUACAGGAGCAACACAAUUCGUUUGCGACCAAAUCGCAAAUUUUACUAUCUGGCCGUGGAUCGUAACAUUGCGUUCGAGCUAAAGUAUGCACCGGCGAUCCUUAGCCCUGUCGAACGGAAAGAUACGAUUAACUGUGCUCAUCGAUACCAUUCGUUUGGAAAGUCGAAAAAUGUAGUGAUCUCCAGCUCGGCAAAAAACCCGUUCGAGCUCAGGAGUCCUUACGACAUAGCGAACCUCGGGCUUAUCUUUGGACUGAGCGAGGAACAAUCGAAAGAAGCAAUCCGAGGUGUCCCCAACCGUAUACUACUUGCCGCUGAAGGUCGGCGAUUUGGCAAGGCUGGUGUGGUAAUCACUCGUCGCCCAAAGCUCACUGAGGACAGUGACGAUUACUCUGAUUCGGAGCUGGAAGAAGAUGUCAGUGGUAGUGAUGAAAGCGAAGAUGUCGGAUCGAUUGUGCAGGCCCUUGAUGGCAAGGACGCAGAGGAGCAAGAUGUAGAGCAACUAAAACCCCCGAAAAAAAAGGCCAAACAUGAGGUUUAAUGCUGAAUACAUAAAAUUUUCCCCCCGAAUGCA